GCGCCCGGCGGGGCCCUGCCGGCCCUGGUGCCGGGGCUGCAGGGCGCCGAGGCCAGCGCGCUGCAGCACAAAAUCCGCAGCUCCAUCUGCAAAACUGUACAAUCUAAAGUGGACUGCAUUUUGCAAGAAGUUGAGAAGUUUACAGACCUAGAGAAACUCUACCUCUACCUUCAGCUGCCUUCGGGUCCCAACAAUGGAGACAAAAGUGAUCAGAUCUCCAUGUCAUCUAGCCGUGCGCAGCAAAUGCAUGCAUUUUCUUGGAUACGGAAUACCUUGGAAGAACACCCUGAGACAUCCCUUCCGAAACAGGAGGUUUAUGAUGAAUACAAGAGCUAUUGUGACAAUCUCGGCUACCACCCAUUAAGUGCUGCUGACUUUGGAAAGAUCAUGAAAAAUGUCUUUCCAAAUAUGAAGGCUCGCCGUCUAGGCACAAGAGGCAAAUCAAAAUAUUGCUACAGUGGACUGAGGAAGAAAGCUUUUGUGCAUAUGCCAACACUGCCCAACCUUGACUUUCAUAAAACUGGAGAUGGGUUGGAUGGGACAGAGCCAUCUGGGCAGCUACAAAGUGCUGAUGAGGAAGUUGUCUCCGCGGCCUGCCGACUUGUUUGUGAAUGGGCCCAGAAAGUGCUAAGCCAGCCUUUUGAUACGGUCUUGGAAUUGGCUCGUUUCCUUGUAAAAAGUCACUAUAUUGGUACCAAGUCAAUGGCAGCUUUAACAGUAAUGGCAGGGGCACCGGCAGGAAUAAAAGGGAUCCCCCAGCCAUCAGCUUUUAUACCUACUGCUGAAAGUAAUUCUUUUCAACCACAAGUGAAAACUCUGUCAUCUCCUGUUGAUGCCAAGCAGCAGCUGCAGCGUAAGAUCCAGAAGAAGCAGCAAGAACAGAAACUGCAGUCUCCUUUGCCAGGGGAAUCUCCAGCAAAGAAAACAGAAGGCACCACAACCAGCAGCGUGGCUAGUAUAUCUAAUGGAAGUCCUGCAAUUCUGUCUCCUCAGCCUAUUGGUAUUGUUGUGGCAGCUGUCCCCAGCCCGAUACCGGUGCAAAGGACCAGGCAGCUGGUGACAUCUCCAAGUCCUAUGGGGUCAUCUGAUAGUAAGGUCUUGCCACUCAAUGUUCAGGUGGUCACUCAGCAUAUGCAGUCAGUCAAACAGUCACCAAAGACUCCCCAGAACGUUCCAGCCAGCCCAGUUGGUGACCGCUCUGCCCGGCAUCGCUACCCACAGAUCUUACCGAAGCCAGCAAAUACUAGUGCUCUCACCAUCCGCUCUCCCACAACAGUGCUCUUCACCAGUAGCCCAAUCAAGACUGUAGUGCCAGCUCCACAUGUGAAUUCCUUAAAUGUGGUAAAAAUGACAGCAAUAUCUCUUGCUCCGAGCAGCAGUAGUGUGCCCGUCAAACAGACGCCUUCUGUUAACAGCAGCACAGGAGCAGCAGAAGAAGCGAGGACUGCUCCUCAGAUCAAAAAUGGAUCUGUUAUUUCACUCCAAUCUACAGGUUCCAAGCCUAGCACUGUUGUAGCUACAUCUGCAGUUGAGAUCAAACUGGAACCAGAAGUGUUGUUGGAUGAGAACCCAGUACAGAGCCAAGAGAGCUCUGAUGUGUCUAAAUCUGUAAAGGGAGCUUCUGUCCUGCCUGCUGCUCAACAGAUUAAUUUUGAGGUUGCAACCUUGAAAGUUUCAGCUGAUGGUGUUGUAGAGGCAAAAACAGCUAAGGGCUGUGAUCAGGGAGCUGAAGAAGCAAGGACCAAAUACAAAACACAGUCUAAUGAGAUCACACCAGUUUCUUCAGCAGGCAAUAAUCAAAGCACUCUAAAGCUGUCAGUUGCCAGUCAAAACUUGUGCAGCACCAGCAUCAGUUCACCUCCUACUGGUGAGUCUACAAUUAAAGACAAAACGUGCACUAAAAGUCCAAGAAAGCGACAACCUUCUACAGUUCAGGAUUCCCAGGUACCACCUGUAAAGAAAGCACUGGUGGGGCAGCUUUCAGCUGGUAAUGCUUUGGAGGAUCAAAAAGCCAACAGUGUUAAGAAAGCUCCGAAGGUUGUAUCAUUAGCAAACAGUGACAAUACUGCAGCACUUGCUCAAGUUUCCAGCAAGGUAAAUUCUGCAGCUUCAGCAAACCUAGUGACAGACUGUUCUUUGAAUACCAACGUAAAUACCAGUGAUUCUACUUUAGGACAGCAGCUUGCAGCAGCAGCAUCUCCAGAUAUAAAAGUAAAAUUGGAAGGAAACAUGUUUAUUAUAGAAAAUGAUUCAAAAUCUGAUGGCAGCUUUAACCCAAAUACAUGGCACCAUAUCACCAAAACUUCUGACUUUGCAUCUGUGAAUUGUGAACAGCAGCAAGAUAUCAGUGUUAUGACUAUUGCAGCACACUCUGGCUCUAGUGACUUACCGGAGUCAGCCUGGGAGCCAGUGCACUGCAAAGGUAUACAGCAGGAUGUGUACAACCAGCAGUUACAGAGCCAGAUCCAGGACUCCUCCUUGGGUCAAAUACAAGCACAGUCUUCAAAUCAGUUACCCUUGCAGUCUGAGCUGAAAGAGUUUGAACAUACAGUCCCUCCGUCAAAUGAAAACUUCUUCUCGUUUGAUGAUGACCUUACUCAGGACAGCAUUGUGGAGGAGCUGGUGCUAAUGGAGGAGCAGAUGUCAAUGAGCAAUUCUCAUCCUUAUGGUGGUUGUCUAGGAAUCGCGCUUCAGAGUCAGACAGCAGCUCAAGGGGCUCCCGUGUCCUCUCAUCCAAGCAGUGCGCACUUCUACCAUCCGAUCCAUAACAACAGCACUCCGAUUCACACUCCCACCCCCACCCCAACCCCCACCCCAACCCCCACGCCAACUCCAACACCCACUUCGGAAAUGAUUGCUGGAUCUCAGAAUGUGUCACGAGAGAGCCCUUGUUCCAGGCUGGCUCAGACUACUCCCGUCGACAGUGCUCUGGGAAGCAGCCGUCAUACACCCAUUGGCACGCCACAUUCGAAUUGCAGCAGCAGUGUCCCUCCGAGUCCUGUGGAGUGCCGAAACCCGUUUGCGUUUACUCCCAUAAGCUCCAGUAUGGCUUACCAUGAUGCCAGCAUUGUCUCAAGUAGCCCUGUGAAACCAAUGCAGCGGCCGAUGGCUACCCACCCCGACAAAACCAAGCUCGAGUGGAUGAAUAACGGGUACAGUGGUGUUAGUAACUCAUCGGUUGCAAGCCAUGGCAUUCUCACGAGUUAUCAGGAGCUAGUGGAAGACCACUUCAGGAAACCUCAUGCUUUUGCAGUUCCUGGCCAGUCAUACCAGUCUCAGCCACGGCAUCAUGAUACUCACUUUGGUCGUGUGACUCCUGUCUCGCCUGUGCAACACCAGGCAGCUCCUGUUAGUAACACCACCAAGCAAGAGGGCUUUGCUGUUCCUGCUCCUCUUGACAACAAAGGAACUGGAUCCUCCCUCAACAACAGCCUGAGAUGCCGGAGUGUGAGCCCUGCUGUCCAUCGCCAGCGUAAUCUCAGUGGAAGCACCGUCUACCCUGUUUCAAAUAUACCACGCUCUAACUUGACACCUUUUGGAAGUCCAGUGACUCCUGAAGUUCACAACGUAUUUACUAAUAUCCAUGCAGACACCAGUGCCAAUAAUAUAGCGCAAAGAAGCCAGUCAGUCCCAUUGACUGUGAUGAUGCAGACGGCCUUUCCGUCUCUUCAGAAACAAACAAACACUAAAAAAAUAACCAACGUGUUGUUAAACAAACUUGAUUCUGAUAGUGAUGAUGCAGUGAGAGGUUUGGGAAUGAACAACAUGCCCUCAAAUUACACAGCCAGGAUGAAUCUCACUCAGAUUUUAGAAACAUCCACUGCUUUUCCUAGUGCCAACCCACAAAAUAUGAUCAAUUCCAGCACUUCAGUUUAUGAAUUCCAGACACCAAAUUACCUCAUGAAAAACAGCAGCACCGAUCAGAUCAGCUUUUCUUCUGGAGAUAACCAAGCACAAUCAGAUAUUGGAGAGCAGCAAUUAGAUUUUAACAGCACUGUAAAAGACCUUUUAGGGGAGGACAGUCUGCCAACCAACCAGCAGCUGGUGAAUCAGGUGGCAUCAGAUCUCAAUAACGUUGCAUCUGUCUUUUCCAGCGACAUCAGGUUGUCUUCCGACCUCUCAGGCAGCAUUAAUGAUCUGAACACUUUAGAUACAAAUCUACUGUUUGAUCCAGGUCGUCAGCAGGGACAAGACGAUGAUGCUACACUGGAGGAAUUAAAAAAUGACCCCUUAUUUCAACAAAUCUGCAAUGAAUCCAUUAACUCAAUGACUACAUCUGGCUUUGAGUGGAUGGAGAGUAAGGAUCAUCCUGCUGUUGAAAUGUUGGGUUAAUUUUGUUUUAUAGUAUGUAUGUAGCACACUGUAUCUAAAAGACAGACGUAUUGUAUUUGUCUUAAUGGAAGUGCCUCCUGCAGCAGAAACACUUGCUAUGUAUUGUGGCAUUUUUUAAAGAAAAGUUUGCUGUACCGGUUGCUCAUUCUUCAGCAGGGAAAAUGCAGUCUUACCAAUUUUAAAUGGGUCUCUGAAGGUGAUGGGCUAUCAAAGAGCCAGUAUUAAAAUUUGAAUUUUGUAGUGUUCCCACUCCACAUUUCUUCUUGUAGCAAAUAAAGAAGUGGUUAAUAGCCAGCCAGCGUUGACAGCUAUGGCUGAGGCUUUGGGAGGGUUGCAAGUCCAGCUUGUUACUAGGCUUUCCAUACUUUGUAUUGCUUGUUACUUCUUAGUAGAUAAUUUUUACUGACCUUUGUCAUUCAGGUCUGAAAUGCAGGAUGCUUGCAGAUGUGCAGGUGAUGGGGAAUGGGUGCAAGUGAACUAUGUGACAUGCAAGUGCUUGAUCAAUGUGUAGCAAUCUUGGGUACUGCGCAGUGGUGAACUGUGGGAGAUCUCUGUAGCACCAGUGCCAUUUAUAUCUCUAGUAAAGCACAGAGAUAGGAAACGUUAACAGGAACAACGAUCAAGGAAAAAGAAAGAUGCACUAAAAUUUUUAUUUAAGAGAAGCAAAUCUGUGUAGUUGUUUUAUCCAUUAGUAUUCAUAAAAUUACACUUGAUAUUUUAGUUGUCACUUCAAUGUUUAUAUAUUAGGUAAAAUUCAUGGAAAAAGAUUUUGAGCACUGAAAUUUAAUCUAGGCAUAAUGUCCUAUUUUAGAUGGUAGAUACUCUUUAAUUAUUUAUCAAAGCUAGAGAAGGAACAUGGUAUUUUUCCCCUCUUUUUUUAAAUAAAAGAGCUACUGGAGCUCAUUAAAAUACUAUUUUUAAAGAUUGAUUUUUUAAGUCCACUCUUUUCUAACCUAGUGGAGAGUGUAGGAAGAUGUUCUUUUCUCUGUAUGUUUCAGUAGGUUGAGCCCAUCUGUCUUUUUCACUCGCUCUUUUUCUCAAACAGAAGAUGAUAAAAAUAUUAGAAAAUGUGGUUGAUCUAAAAAUGGUUUGUAUAGAGCCAUAAUGCUGCCAGGCACUUUACAGAUAUACAGUAAGACAUGUGAGAUCUCUUUUGGUAAAACUUUUAAAAGUGCAUGCUGUUUUAGGAGCCUGAAUUCCAUGCUAAUCAGUGAUUUGAUGGGACCGAUGGAUCUAAUUUUUGUUAGAAGUCCUUCGCUCCCCCUUCCUGAAAAUGGGAUUUAGACUUCUACCUCACUAGCUCACUUAACAAGCCAAAAAAACCCAACCAACCAAACCAAUCACCCCCUUUGGUUUACCAGCAUGGCAUCUAUCUCUAAUGAUGAGGAGACAGAGAGGUACUUAACCAGCCAUGGCCCCGAUCCUACAAAGAGGAUUUGCACAGGUGAGGUUUUACAUUAAAAAGCACUGAGGAUGCUAUAGUACCAUUCCUUAUCCUUAGUAUUAAACUGAUUGUUUCUCUUGUAAACUGAUGCUUGUAAAACUGAAAGCAGAGCAGAAAGUAUUUUCUUGUCUUGUGUUGCUUCUUUGAGUGAGAGGUCAUGAGCUCAUGAAGGGGGAGGCCCCCUAGAAUUAGUUAAGGAAAAGAGAAUCAGAUUUGUAGCUGAGUUUUUCACUGAAGUGUCUUGGUGAUCUUCUGUUUCUGCUAAUGAGUUGCGAUCUCGGUAUUGGUUAGGUUUUUUGGUUUCGUUUUGCCGGUGCUGAUUUGCGUUGUGCUGCUGCGUCGGCACUUCGGAAGCCAGUACGCCAUGGCUCCUCUUGCUCCUGUCUCCAGCCCUGCUCCCUGACCAGUCUGUGGCUUCUUCUGCAAGGACAAACAGUUGUGCACCUUACAGGGGUCCUGAUUUCACUGUGCUUAGCGUGGGGAGUUUGGCCGUUUCAUUAGGAACAGAUCUAGAGUUCGGAUCCUGCCUUUAAACGCCUUGAUGCACAAUGGUGUGAUUUAGUUGGUUCAAGGUCGAGUGCUCCUAAGUUUUGUUAAGCAGAUGGAGAGGAGGCUAGGAGUUGGGUGGAAAAGCGCUGUUUGUGACCUUGUGAGGUAUCCGUGAGCAAGGCUAGGAGCCGAGUCCUUUCGUGCAGUGGUGGCUUAGGACAGGGCCAGAUUGCUCUACCUGUUGAUGGCCACUAGCUGGUGACGUGCUGAGCAUCCGCCUAUCGCUUUGACUUCCCUGGGCCUGAGAGAACUCAGCAGCUCUUUUUCUGACCCUGAAAGUGCCAGCAUGACCAUGAGUUUCUGAAACCCACCUUCCAGCGGAGAUCAGUGAGGGAAAACGGGAGCCCUGGCACCGCAGGGAGCGCCCGUGGCGUCUUGGGCAGCCUGGGUGUUUGCAUGGGUGGUAACAACAGGUUCCUCCUGAACUGCUCUGUCCUUCUAGGAACACUUCUCAGUAAAGCAAGAGUCGGUUUAAAGGCUGAUGCAUUCUAAAUUAUGCAGUCAUCACCAAAGGUUUUUAGAAGUGCAUUUAAAUUUAUAUUUAAAUACAAGUAUUACAUUGGGCCUAACACAAGAUUUAAUUAGCAGGAAUAAUCUAUAAUCAGUGGGUUAAAGCAAAUGUAUUUUUAAUUUAAGAAGUGUUCAAUAAGAAUUGUUUCAAGUAAAAUCCCAGGCACAGAGGUAAAACAUUCUCACUUCAAUAAAUGGUGCUAGGGCUAGUUCACAUAGCUUUGUACAUUGGUAUGUAUUAUUUUAGAGGUGUUUGCGUGUUGGUGUUAUAAUCUGUUAGGUUCCUGUUCUUAGUGCUAGUUAGUUAUUUACUGUACAUUGAGGCAGAGCACUACUGCACACCAAAGUAUGCAAUACCCAAAGGAAAAUUCUGUGAUUCUAACACCUGGAAGCCUGUCUGUGUCAGAUACUCCAAAACUAAGAAUUUGAGACAGUUCUGACCCCUUGUUUACAUUCUUGGCUUCCUACUAACAUAAGAAAUAAACUAUUUUGAUAGCAUUUUUUGCUAAAAUAUACAAACUAGUCAGUUUGUACCCUAUGUACAGUAUUGCAGCAAACACUUUAAAUUUGGUUGGUUAGUCCAGCAAACUUUCUGGGUUCAUAUAUUGCACUAAAAUUCUGUUGAACCUGUGGCAGGCACAUUCCUUAGGAUAAAUGCAACAAAUACGGCCCACAGAUUUAAAAAAAAAAAAAAAAAAAAAAAAAAAGGAGAAAAAACAACAAAAAAACUUUUUAAUGUGUUUCAUUAUUAAAAGGCAAAAUGUCAUUAAAAGUGACAGGUGAAAUUGUCUUAUGUAGCAAUGUGCGUUGAUCUCAAUGAGAUAUUUCUAUUCUUAUUCUCUUACAUGAGAAUAUUACAGCAGGAAAAAUUAAGUUUAGUUUGCUUCACCAUGUUAAUACAUGAUCACAAAACGUGCAUGAGUGUUAAUGACUUAUCUUGUACAGUACUAGAUAUAUUCCUGUAACCACUUUUAUUUUUUUUAUUCUUUUGCUGUAUUGAAACUGGUUCAGUGUUAACCAGCUGAGCAUAGUUAUUCACAAGUUAUUUACUUUUUUAUGUUAACUAAUUCAGCUUAGUUAUUGUUGAAUAUGUUCCUUUCUUGGAUUAUUUUUUACUGUUCUGGUGUUGAAAAACAUUUUUGCAUCAUUUUAUCAUGAUAAGAAUUCAUGAAGUAAAUAAUUUGCAAAUAAUUGCAAUAAGCACUGACUUCUGAACUGAAAAGAAGGAAAGCGUUUUUUUGUGCAGUGCAUCUGAGGUUCAUAUAAUAGUCUUGUACUAUACUGUGCUUUCUUUACUGCACUAUAAGGAAAGAAAAAUCCCUGUUCCACGUUUUCAUUUAGUGCAGGAAAUCCAGUUUCUCCCCCCUCCCCAGUGUUUUGUUGUCUGUUGUACUGCUGAAACUACAGUAGUUGAAUAUUGCAGUAGCAUUUCAGUUAUUUUUUUUAUUGAAAGUGCUCAAAAUUUGUUUUUUAAAUGUUUUCAAAAACAAUAAAAACAUUUUAUAUUAAAA